AUGGUUUUCAUCCUCGGUGUCAAUUUCCCCGAGCGGAACCUGCUCAAGAAGUCUCUUGAGACCUUCUUCGGAAUUGGCAACAACAGCUCCGGCCGCCUCAUGUCCCGCUUCAACAUCCACCCGACCUGCCGCGUCGGCGAGCUAGCCAAUAAGCAGGUCCUCGACCUCACAGCUGUGCUGUCCGAUAUGAAAAUCGAGAACGAUCUGCGCAGAGAAGUUCUGAAUGAUAUCAAGCGCAUGAAAGAGACCGGAACUUACCGCGGCCGACGUCAUGCGCUGGGUUUGCCUGUGAGGGGACAGCGGACACGGACUCAAAUCAAAACUCCUGUCAAAUUGAACCGCAUGGAGCGCAGACUAUAAACUUGGUGGUGCCGUGUUCGAUUGUUACUUUUAUGGGAUUGUCUCACUAUUUUGCGCAAGAGGCAUGGGCUUGGCGUUUUAUUG